AAUAAUAACGUUUAUCAGUAUUUCUAUAUGAAUCAUUUAGAUUUAGAACAGAAUUUGUUUUUAGAUUGGCAAUUAGGAAUUUCUGUAUAUUUAAGUAAUUAAGUCGCAUGCUUCCAACUUUUAUUGUUUAAAAACAAUUACAUACAUUGUGCGUUGAUGUAAGUCGGUGUACUCGGUGUAGGUAUUUUCACCCAACCCGCUUUUAUUUACGUAUUAUAAAGUGCAAUAAAAUAAUGGAGAAGGAUGAUGAAAAGUUCUUUUACGAAGAUGAAGUUGCCAUGGUGUCUUCAAAAACUGGUCUAAUGAAGUAUGGUUUGGUUUUAACGACGAACAGAUCGCGAUCAGAAACCGAGUUGAAAAAAAGCUCAUAUAAAAAUCAUAAUGAAAUCAAAGUGAUCUGGCAUCCAAAUGGGACUGAAGAAAUUAUCUCUGAUGAUAAAGUUGUGUUAAUGGAUCGAUCAUUAAUGCCUGGUGAUGUAGUACGUAAAGUUAGUGAAGGCAAACCAAGUCAAUUUGGAUAUUGUGAAAAUAUUGAUAUAUAUGCCACAGUCAAAAUACUUAAUACCAACAAAAUAAUAGAAAAUAUCAAUUCCCGAAACUUUACUCACACUAAACCUUUUGCAAUUGAUUCCUCGGUUUUUUAUGAAUCAUGGGUUGGUGGAGUUUAUGAUGUCAAAUGUAAAGUUACAUUUGUUUCACAAGAUGGAUCUAUUUUUACAUUAGAGGAUCCAUAUAGACGAGACUUCAUUAGUAUAUCUACAAGUGAUAGUUUUUCUAUUGAUGACAAUGUAUUCUAUCAUGGGCAAAAAUUAAAAAUGUGUCUAGAUUCCUUAGAAAAUGCAACAUUUUUAAGUAUCAGUAACUUAAUGAAAUGUUUAUGGCACAAUUAUAAGAAGAAAUUCAGCUAUAAAUUUGGGUCCAAGUGGAUCAAAGUUUAUGUUAAGGAUGUUAUUGUAUCAUCAGUUGAAGUUGAAUGGUACUGCCAAACAUCAAGUAGAACAAAGCCACGUGAAGAAUAUUGGCCAGAGAGAAUAUUUACUGGAGAUAAUUUGAAAAAACUAAAAACUAUUGAUUUAUUUGAGUCGUGUUCAAUUCAAGUGGGAGACACACAUUGGUAUACAAUUAAAGAUACAGAUAAUUUAAUGACGCUAAAACAGUGGCGAUCUAAAUGUACAGAAGAUUUUAAUAUUGGACCAGGUUUAAUACAUAGUAAAAUUAAUAAAGAUAAGCUACGCAACAAACUUUUUGGUAUCAAAAAAUCAUCACAGAAUACACAUCCUAUUGAUUUGGAUCCUCUAAAUAGUGAUGACUUAUCAAGUACACCAAAUGUAUCUAGUAGAAACGUUUCAGCUACGCCAACACAAAGAAAUGAAAAAAUAGUAAAUAAGGAAUUUAAAUUUGCAUUACUAACCAAAAAAAUGGAAUUGAAACCUACAAGCACAACAGGUAAUAAUUCUGUACGUACAUUAAAAUCGAACAGACUAAAGAGGAACCGUAUGUGGAAAUCAUUAAUUAAAAAAAGUAAACAUUUUAAUGUACCCAAAGUAAAAACCAAACCAAAUUCCAAAGUUGUGGUUGAAAUUUGCUGCACAAAAUCCAUGGUAGAUGUUAUAUGGCAGGAUGGUACUAGGGAAACAGGAGUUUCUUCCACUGAUCUCUAUCCAGUACAAACGCUUGAUGACCUUGAGUUUUUUCCUGGAGAUUUUGUUACUGAAAAAAAUCCUGCAUCAGAUGUUUAUGGUGUUGUAGAAUCUGUGGACCAUGCCGAACGCACUGCUCAUAUACAAUGGUUUAAAGUUUAUCCUGAAAAUCCAUCAUUGCCAAAUCCUAUUGAAAAGACUUAUUUUAGUGUAUAUGAUUUACGUGAUCAUCCUGAUUUCCAUUUUAAGUCUGGUUGUCUUAUUAUACAUAUUAAUCCUGAUACAAACCCAGAUUCAAAUACCUUAACUGCUGGACAAGUAUUAAGUGCAGGACCGGAUGGCAGGAUUUUAGUGAUGUGGGUUAAUGGUGAAAAAACCGAAUGUUGGCCUCAAGAAUUAUUUGUUGUCAAACUAAAUGAUGAUGCCUUCAGUUUUCAAGAUGAAGAAUAUGAUGAUGAUGAUGCACCUCUUGCUGUCGAUGAUGACUUAUCGGAAGAUUGGAUGUCUGCAACCAGUCCUGGAUCAUCUAAUAAAAGCUAUGACCAAAAAGAAGAGGAACAGAGAUAUGCAAAACUACUACUCCAAUUACUAAGACAAUCUGCUGCGAGUGUAAAUAUAUUUCUAGAUGCUGUUCAACAAAAUUGUGACUUGGAUAAAGUUCUUAAAUUAAAAAAAGCUUUGGAGCAAUAUAGGCUAGGAUUUAACGUUAGUUCGUUUUUGCCAACUUCAGAAUAUAAACAAAUAGAAUCAUGGUACAAGGAUCUCAUGGAUAAUAUCUCAAAAUUAAUAAACAAAAUAAUCUCAAGAAUAGAUAGUAAAGAGAAAGAGGAAGGAGAAUUAGCUGAAGAAGAAGAACUAUCAUAUGAGACUUUAAUUAAAGACAGCGUAACUAAAUUAAAACAGGUUGUGUCAGAUUUCAUGAAGAAAGUUAAUCUUAUUUUCAAUGAAUCAUAUCGUUCUAAGUUUGGAAUGAUAAUAAAACAUUGUGGUGAUACAAAAAACCAAAAUGAACACGAUGACUUUGGUAUUGAAAUAAUGGAUAUUACUGAGCCAUCAUCAGUACUUCCAGCAAUUGAACCAGAUUCUACUGAAUGUCGUUUUAUUACAUUGGAUACAGAACCUGUGUAUGAAGUUAUAACUAAACCAGAAGAAGCUGGAGUUUUUGAUGUGGUGGAAACACUUAUGGAUAAUUCACACAAAUACAUCAAUGAUAAAGAUAAUUUACAUUCAUCGCUACCAAAAGUCAUUGCCAAAGACAUCCAAAUACUUCAAAAAAGUUUACCGGCAGGAAUUUGGGUGAAAACUUUUGAAAACCGUGUGGAUUUGUUUUCUAUAAUGAUCAGAGGACCAGAAAAAACUCCAUAUGCGGGUGGUUUGUUUCUAUUUGAUGUCAAAAUUCCACCCACAUAUCCAAUUCAACCUCCACUCUGUCAUUAUUAUAGUUAUUGUGAUGACCGGUUAAAUCCAAAUCUAUACGAAGAUGGAAAAGUAUGCCUAAGUCUUUUGGGUACUUGGUCUGGUCAUGGUGUUGAAUUAUGGUCACCUAAUGAUUCAAAUUUAUUACAGCUUCUAGUAUCAAUACAAGGACUGAUAUUAGUGAGUGAACCAUAUUAUAAUGAGGCUGGAUUUGAUUCUCAGCGAGGUCAAAAGCUUGCAAAAGAAAACUCUCGUGUUUAUAAUGAAAUGGCUCUGAUCAAAGUAGUGCAGUCAAUGACAAAUAUGUUAAACAUGAUUAAUUCAGACAUUAAAAAAAAUGCAGGGUAUUUUAAAGAAGAAAUACUAGAACACGUAAAAACACAUGGUCCAAAGUUAAUCAAUACAAUUGAAAAUUGGAUUAAAAUGUCUGAAAAAGAAUUAACUGAAGAUGAAAAACUUGUUCCUGGAUAUCCAUUAUUACCACUUUCCAAGGGUUUUUGCCUAUCAAUCAUCAAAGCAUUAAAAGAUUACAAAGAAGUAUUGAUUUCCAUGAAUAUCAUGUUCAAAUAAUCAAGAAUUAACUCUUAAUUGUUUUAUCCUGUUCAAAGAAAAACAUACGUUUCAUAUUAAAGUUAUUAUUUCUAAAUACCAUUUUAAAAUUUAUUUAUUCUUUAUGUUCAACUUCUUUAGCUUUCAACAUAUUUAAGUAUAAUUUAUUAAAAGUUAUAUUAUCUGUUGUUUACCAACUAAUUCUUAUUUAGAUGAGAAAACAAAUAUGUGAUUCUAGAAAAUGUUAACUACAUAUAAAACAAUUUUUAACUAUAGUAAAGUAAAUAUUGUUAAAUAUUUUUAUUCCAUUUGUUGUAUUGUUUAAUUUUUUUGUUUAUUUUGUCAUGUACAUUAUUUGUAAACUAUUGUUAAUUUUGUUUUAUGCCUUUAACAUAUUACAUUAUAGGCUUUUGAAAUAUGUAAAAUUAAAUAUUUUUUCUACUUAAUUAUAGUAACGAAAACAUAAA